AUGCAUGGUCAGAUAAAAGAUAUGAAUUCUGAAGAAAUUCAAUGGCAAAAGGAACAUGAAGAGAUGCAUAGAAAACAUGCUAACCAUGAUGUCAUGCAUGCUGAAAUACUUAUUAUAUUUAUAAUUGCUUUAAUAAUUUUUCAACUACUAUUAAUAUGGUGGAAAUCAAAAAAUUUUAAAAGUUAUCAACUUGUUUCAUUACUUGGACUCUGGGCAAUACCUUUUUUUGUUGCAAUGACAAAACAUUGGUAUCGCUUUAUAUUAACAUGGGUUAUAUUUACAACUUUUAAUAUAUAUUUAUAUAGAAAGACAAAUCAACCACAUAUUUCUGGAAAAAUUCCAAGACUUGUUUAUAAAUGGUUUUUAUUUUUACAUAAAAUGAGUUAUUUUUUAGGUGUUGUUGGUUAUUUAAUAAUGAUGUUUACACUUCUUGGUUUAAAUACCAUUUUUGGUUUAAAAGCCAAUGAUUGUUUAGAUGCUGGAAUUUUAUUUUUAUGUUAUGGUUUAUAUUAUGGUGUAUUAAUUAAAGAUUUAGCUGAAAUUACUUCAGAAAAAAUGGCAUGUAAAAUAGGAUAUUUUACAUCUGAUGGUUUACCAAAAAAAGUUUUAGAAAAUAAUAUUUGUGCAAUUUGUGGAGAUAGACUUAAUUUAACAGGACAAUUACUAAGAACAGAUAAAGAUUUUGAUGAUGAAAAUGAUGUUGAGGCAGUUCAUGCUUUGUCAUGUCAACAUUUAUUCCAUGAAUACUGUUUAAGAGGUUUUGUUAUUGUUGGAAAAAUGGCAACUUGUCCAUAUUGUAAAGAAAAAAUUAAUUACUCAACAACAUUUAAAAAUCCUUGGGAGAAACCUCAUUUACUGUAUGGGCAAUUUCUUGAUUGGGUUAGAUAUUUAGUUGUAUGGCAGCCUCUAAUUGUUAUAAUUGUACAAGGAGUUACAAAAUUCUUCGGAAUGACAAGUAGAAAAUAUGGUUUUGUAUUAAAGAAAGAAGAACCUAUUAACAAAAAGACAAAAGUAGAUAAUAUAUUUAGUUAUAGUGAUAAUGAAGAAGACGAAAGUAUAGUAAUUAAAAAUGAAAUUGAUAAAGUUAGUGAAAAAGUAGAUAGCGAUAAUGAUAUUUAUGAUUAUGAUGGUAUAUAUGAAGAAAUACAAAAAGAGAAAUUAAAACAUAUAACGAAAAAAAAAGAGGAUGAUAAAAAACCAAAAUAUAUUGAAAAAAUAAUGGCAGCACAAAAAAGAAGAGAACUUGAUCGAUUUUUGGCUGAAGAAAAAAAAAUUCAAAAAGAACGAGAAGAGGAAAAAGGAAAGUAUGGUGAUAAAGAAAUUUUUAUUUCUUCUAGUUAUAAGAAAAAGCUUGAAGAAAUUGCUCAAUUACAAAAAAUUGAAGAAGAAAGAGAAAAAGAAGAUGAGAAAAUCAAUGAAAAAAUUACAAAACAUAGUGUUUUAAGAUCAAGAAUGUAUAAAGAAUUUUUAAAUAACAUAGAUAAUAGUGUUCCAGUUGAGGAGAAAAGUACAGCUUUUAGAAGUGUCAAAGAAAAAAAAAAGAAAGUUGAAAGUAAAACAGAAAAAUCAAUUUAUGAUGAUGAAGACGAAGAUGAAAUGAGACCUGUUAUCAAACCAUCAAUAAAAGAAGAAAAAAAAGUAAAAGGUGGUUUAGAAAUAAGAAAAAAACCAACAAUUGAGAUAGAGGAAAAUAAAAUUGAAGAUAUCAAGGUGAACACUGAAAAUAUAUCAAAUGUACAAAUAAAUAUUGUAGAAGAAAAAGAACCUCAGGAAGAAGUUAAGCCAAAAACUACAGAUGUUAGAAUGCUUCCAAAAGAAAUAAGAUUGGAGAAAAUACGUGAAAUAAUGAAGCAACGAAACACAAAAAGUGACAUUAAAGCAUAUCAAAAAAGAUAUAUGCUUAGAAAGUUAAGAGGUGAAAUUGUUCCUGCAAUGUAA